AUUCGUUAUAAAAAAUAUAAAAAAGCAUUUUAUCAAAUUAUAUUAAUUGACUUUUACAACAUAAAAAAAUGGGUAAAGUAAAAAAAAUUGAGGAAAGUAAAAAAAUAAAAGUCAAACGUCAAUUAUUUGUCAAACCUGUAGCUGUUGUUAAACCCUAUGUGCCCGAAAAUGUUAAUAAAGCGCCUCAAAAUUAUGUACCUCAAGUGGUUGAAACAAGACCACUUGAGGAAUCAGAUGAGGAAACAUACGAAGACCAAUUGGAAAUCUACGACGAUAUUCCAGAAAUAGACGAUGAACAAGUUCGCAUACUCGAUGGUAUUAUGAUUCGUAUUGAUCGUCAUUUAAACGACGGCAUAAUGAAUAAAAAUGAACGAUAUUUUUCACUUAAUGGAGAUUCAACAACUAGACGAGUGGUUUGUUUAGGAUGUUGUUUAUGUACAGGAGAACAAAGCGAACAUAAUCAUUGUUGCGCAACAACCGUGUGCCCGUACAUACAAGAUUUAUUUGAGCGGUGCCGCGGUUGUUGUUAUUGUAUAUAAAAAUAUAUUUGUAAAUAAAUUGUAUAUAUGUAAAUAAAAAGUUCAUUUAUCAAAAUAUCUUUUGAUGCGACGGACGAUUGUUUGUUAUAUUUAUAUCAACUUAAUUUAGAUUUAAAAAAACAUUUACAGGAAACGCAUUUAAAUCAAGGUGUUUGGAUGGAUAAAGUUCUUUUAGCUGAAGAAAGCGAAUUGGAUAGUUGUAAAAGAGUAUACGGUUUUUAUAUUAAAGAUUUAAAAUUGAUAAAGACAUAUCAAAUAGAGUUGAUAGAAGUUCUUGAUUUGCUAUUUAAAUGUCUUCCGCAUCGCGUAUUUUAUCCUGACACGUGUUUUCAUAAUUAUAGUGAAGUCAUUGAACAUUGUCUUGAUGUGUUAAAAACAUUUUAUUAUUA